GGCGGGGCGCGGGCCAUGGCGGCGGCGGCGGGGGCGGUCCCGGGGCUCGAGGCCCAGCGGCGCGAGGUGGAGGCGGCGGAGCAGCGCGGCCUGCGGGCGGGGGAGCGCUGGUACCUGCUGGAAAAUCACUGGUACCAACAGUGGAAGGAGUAUGUGGAAUCGGGCGACCAGAACUCCAAUUCCUUCCCCGGGCACAUCAACAACUCCAAACUCUUCGAAGACCUGGAGUCGUUCCGGCUGAAGGAGCGGCUGGUGGAGUCCGAGGAGUAUGUGCUGGUGCCUGAGGACGUGUGGAACAAACUGGUGAGCUGGUACGGGCUGGAGCACGACCAGCCACCCAUCGAACGCAAGGUGGUGGAGCUGCCCAGCACACAGAAGGUGGAGGUGUACCCGGUGGAGCUGUAUCUCUGCCAGCACAACGACCUGGACAGCCCCGUCACCGCUCAGUUCAGCCGUGUGAACACCAUCGACUCAGUGCUCCAGGAAGCCCGGCGCCAGUUCGAGGUGCCCCCUGAGGACGAGACCCGACUCUGGGUGAAGAACUCGGACGGAUCCUGUGAGCGGCUCCGGAACAUCCACAUGACAGUGCUGGACGCCUGCCUCAGCAUGGGGCAGGUGGUGAUAAUGGAGACGCGAAACAAGGACGGAACCUGGCCCAGCUCUCGACCCCAUGUCAUGAGGAACUCCGUGGAGGACGAGGAGCUGUACAGGGGGCAGCCGGGGGUCUGCGGCCUGACGAACCUGGGCAACACCUGCUUCAUGAACUCGGCCUUCCAGUGUCUCAGCAAUGUGCCCCCCCUCACGGAGUAUUUCCUCAACAACCACUACCUGGGGGAGCUGAACUUCAGCAACCCGCUGGGCAUGAAGGGCGAGAUCGCCGAGGCCUACGCCGACCUGGUGAAGCAGGCCUGGUCCGGCCACCACCGUGCCAUCGUGCCGCGCAUGUUCAAGACCAAGGUGGGGCACUUCGCCUCCCAGUUCCUGGGCUACCAGCAGCACGACGCGCAGGAGCUGCUGUCCUUCCUGCUGGACGGGCUGCACGAGGACCUCAACCGCGUCAAGCGCAAGGAAUACGUGGAGCUGCGGGACGCGGCCGGGCGGCCGGAUGAGGAGGUGGCGGACGAGGCCUGGCGGAACCACAAACGCCGGAACGAUUCCAUCAUCGUGGAUAUAUUCCACGGCCUCUUCAAAUCCACUCUGGUGUGCCCGGCCUGCGGCAAGGUGUCCGUCACCUUCGACCCCUUCUGCUACCUCAGCGUGCCCCUGCCCGUCAGCCAGGAGCGCGCCAUGGAGCUGUUCUUCGUCUACAUGGACCCCAGCCGCAAGCCCCAGCAGCACAGAGUGGUCGUGCCCAAGGCUGGCAAAGUGCUGGAUCUCUGCCUGGCUCUGGCCAAGCACACAGGGGUCCCGGCUGAGCAGAUGAUGGUGGCCGAUGUGUUCAGCCAUCGCUUCUACAAGCUGUACCAGGUGGACGAGGCGCUGAGCUGCAUCCUAGACAGAGACGACAUCUUCGUGUAUGAAGUAGCGGGGGGGCUGGCAGAGCCGGGGGGAGCACUGGUGCUGCCCGUGUACCUGAGGGAGCGGGCGCCCCCCCGUGAUGGCGACCCAGGCUAUGGGGUGGUUCUGUUCGGGCACCCGCUGCUGGUCUCCGUGCCGCAGGCGCAGCUGUCUUGGGACGCCCUGUACGGCCUGCUGCUGGAGCGACUCUCGCGCUAUGUGCGGCGUCCGGAGUCGGGCUCCGAGGAGGAGGAGGAGAGCGAGGAGGAAGAUCUGUACGGGCCCCAGGCCAAUGGACUGAGCGAGGGUGAAGAGGAGGAGGAGACGCUGGGUGAAGGCCCUGCCAGCCAGGCCGAGGGAAGCAGCGGGGGCUCGGGGGGGGCCCCCACCCCAUCCCCGCCUCAGGCAACCCUGUCCCCCACCGCCAACCGGCGCAAACGCAAGUGCCGGCGCCGACGGCCGCUCUUUACUGUGCGCCCGGUGAAUGCCAACGGGACCAGCGAGCGCCCGGCCCUGCCCGGCGAGGGCUUCGCACUGCAUGCCCAGCCCUACAUCGCCAUCGACUGGGACUCAGAUAUGAAGAAGCGAUACUACGAUGAGGAAGAGGCAGAGGGCUACGUGAAACAUGAGUGCAUGGGCCACGUGCAGAGGAGGCAGCCGGUGAAGCUGCGUGAGUGCGUCGAGCUGUUCACCACGGUGGAGACGCUGGAGGAGGAGAACCCCUGGUACUGCCCCACCUGCAAGCGGCACCAGCUGGCCACCAAGAAGCUGGACCUGUGGGCCUUGCCCGAGGUGCUCAUCAUCCACCUCAAGCGCUUCUCCUACACCCGGCUCGCCCGCGAGAAGCUCGACACGCUUGUGGAGUUCCCCAUCCGUGACCUCGACUUCUCUGACUUCAUUAUAAAGCCCCGGGCGGAUGUGGCCCCCGCGCCCCACAAAUACGACCUGAUUGCUGUCUCCAACCACUAUGGGAGCCUGCGUGAUGGGCACUAUACGACGUUUGCCCGAAACAAGGACUCCGGCCACUGGUUUUACUUCGAUGACAGCAGCGUCUCGCCCGUGGGUGAGGCUCAGAUCGAGUCGAAAGCCGCCUAUGUCCUGUUCUACCAGCGCCAGGACCGGAUCCGCCCCCCCGGCACCACCCCCUGCCCCAGACCCCCCGACGCUGGGGGGGGCUGCUGCAGCGACUCCAUGGAGGUGGAUUGACCACUGAGGUGGGGGGGGAGGAGCCGGGGUUCCUCCCACCCUUGACCUCAGAGAUUUGCUCUGUGAAGACAUCUCAGGCCUGUGAACUUGGGGGGCAGCUCCCCCCACCAGCUCAGGAGACUCCCUUCUAGCAAUGGGGGGGCUGGCCCCUCCAGUAGCUUUCAGGGGAGGGGGACAGCGCUUGGCACCAUCCUGCGGGGGGGGGGCAGAGGGGGGGAAUGUGUCUCAGCCCAGGGCACGUCUGAGGAGAGCCCCUCCCAAAAACCCUGAGCUUUACUUGACAAUACCCAAGCAAUGGGGCUGUCUGACCCCCCCAUGCUGCCUGUUAUACCUGGCAAGAGGAGGGGACAGUGCAUCUAUGGGGUGAGUCCUGCUCCCCCCCCCCGUCAGUCUGUGCCCCUGCCCCCUUUUCACCCCCUUUUGGCACUUUCAGCCCCCCUAGCUCCUGUAUGCAGGUGGCUUUUAUUGAGCAAUAACUCUUCCCCCCCCCCCGUGGAUUUUUUUUAACUUAUCUCAAUGUUCAUAUGCAGGGGGGGGCCCACUGCCAGCAGGGCUCCCUCCUUCCUGCUGGGAGCCCAGGAGUGAGGAAGCACCAGCACCAAAGGGAUUAACACCCCCCCCCCCCGGUGCUUUCAGGGCUGUACAUAGGUGCCCAUGGGGCGGGGGCACAUGCCCACCUGGCACAUAGGGUGUUUUCUUACCCUGACACAUUUAGGGGGCAAAAUGUGGCUCCUUCCCCGCGGGUUUGUGCAGAUUAUUUUUGUUUUUUGGGAAAGAAAAAUAUUUUUGGGGAUGUGGCAAAACUUGUAUAUAAAAGAACUUCCUUUUCA